AUGACGUCUCCUGUGAAACCCCCACUAUGCACCCCGACGUCACUCCUAAAUACAGCUCAGGAUGUGGGCUUGGGCGACACCGUGGGACCUCCACAGUUGAAGCCUGCCGCUGCAGAAACCUUUUACCGCGAAGAAUGCAGAAACCAUGACAUGCACCCCAACAACACCUUUGUGAAGCAGUUGCUUGCUGGAGUAACUGUGUUUGACUUUGAGAACGGCUACUUGGGUGAGCGAGGUAUCGUGCCCAUUCUAUCUACGUUGCAACGGCUACCAGUGGUGGAGUUGUCAAUGCGAAACUGUGAAAUCAACACUGAUGAUGUCGCUUUGAUACAGAAAACGUUUGCAUCACAUGGUACACUUAGAAAGAUCGAUCUCCGGGGUAUUCCGUUGAAAGUGGCCGCAGCUCGUCGGCUUCUUACCCUUGCUGUGCAGAACUCACGUGUGACGGAGAUCCUCUUGGAUGAGGACACACCAAAGUAUCUCCACAUUCAAAGGCAGUGCUUUACCAAUGCGGGCCUGCAGAUUUUGGCCUCGCGAUGUCUGGUGUGCAACAGGCCCGUCAUUCAUUCCCCAGAUCAAAGAGUUGAGGGUCACCUUCUCCUUUCCCUUGGAGAUGAAUUAAAUAGAAUGGCGCCUGCCACAACAGAGGUCGCUCUUCAAGCCAUGUUGCGGUGUAUUUUAGCCUGCUGUGAGGUGGGUGAUGGAGUCUUGUUUAUAUGCUCCAGCGAGUGUCGAAUCCAGCUCACGAAGGAUAUUUUCACCGCAAUGCGGGCCGUAGUGUGUGAAUGUUUCUCUGGUGAGAAGGCUGCGUAUCCAAAGAAUCCCAUGUUUCGGCAGUGUGUGGAAAACAUGCUGAAAAUAAAUCUGGGGCAGCUAACAACGACACUGAGCAAGCACAGUGUACGUGGUGAGGAGAGGAUGCUGAGGGGGAGCAUUCAAAGCGGGAAUCGCUACGACUACGAUUUUAGUGAUGAUGAUGAUGAUGAGAUUCGCAGAGAAAAGUUGUCUGACGCCGAGUUGGAGGAAUGCACUAUAUGUGGAACUCAUGCCGUUUGUCUUCCGAAUGGGGGAUUGCGGGCAAUGCAUCAUGUAUGUAAUGACAUUAGAGAAGGUUCCAUGCUUCGCCCAUCAGCGCUGCUCCGUCUGAUAAAAUUGCUGAUCCAGUAUACGGAUAUGCGUCCCUGCACCGAGAACUGUGUGACGCACCUUGUGAGAUUCGGUAUGUAUGGCUACGGUGGGGUUUUGCAGACCUGUAACAAAAUAAGUGAGCCUACCAUCUCUUCCCUCGAUAUUCCCCUUACAUAUUUGCCUAGUGACGACUUUGCCAUUCUUAACUUCUCCGCGGCAUACGUUGACGAGAUUGACGAGGAAGAUACAUGCUGUGCAUUAACGGUUGCGAGUGCCAUGUCAGACAUGGAUGGCGUAGCCAUUGACCCGUAUAUGAUCUUUGCGUGUGGUCGGCAUCUCGCAAAGCUGCCUCCUCGGGCGUUAGGAAUGGAAUUACGUCAUGCGUGUGAGGCUGUGCAACUUGUUGGAUGUUUGCCUGCAGGUGUUGGGCCCUUUGAUCGACGAAAAAAAAAGCCUCCACGAAAUUCCUACGUGUUAUGGGAAAGAUGGCAUGAACACGCUGAUUUAAACGAUAUUGUGCGUGUCGCUUUCUCUCGACGAAGGCAAGGCGUCUACGUUGUUGAAGGACCACACGGAAACCUUUUUGACAAUGCACGGUCAGCUCUCUGGGCGUUCCGAAAUCAACGGUGUUCGGUCUUAGUCGCUAUGAAGUUUUCCUUGGAGUGGAUGGUGUUUCCAGGAGGUGUGGUGCCGAACGAGUCAACGUUGCAGCAAUGCUUUUUGACAACAUUUAAGAUUGUUGGCCAGACGAGCAUUGACAAUGCCCUCUACCUCAUCUGCCAAGGUAACUUUGGGCCGCGGGUUGGUAACAAGGGUUUUUUUUACAUUCCACGUGGAGUCUUCAAUUUGUGUGUCACGGGUGCUGCGUACAUCUUCGUUGACGCCGCGGCGUACAUGAUAUCAAGGGGUCAUCGACAAAAUCUGUACGCCGCACGGGUGCUACCAAAGCAAGCCACACAGUUGGUGGAACAACUCCCACUGCUACGAGGGCUGUAUGACUUCUGCAAGGAGGCUCUUAACUGGAGGACACGGCACCGCCUUGAGUGCACCAAGGUGGUGUGUGAGGCCCUUUGCCAUCUUCCUCCCCCGAUCUUUUUCAUCUACCGCGGUUGCGAUCGUGAGGUGACGGAGACGCAGACAGCGCUCUUGAAGAUGUUACGUCAAAUUGUUUUUAUGAGUAGCGCACGCUCACUACUGUUUUUCUAUAUUCAUGAGGUACUUGGGUUGAAGUCGAUAGAGUGGGUAAGUGCACUCGCCCAACAAAUCUCACAGUAUCCGCCACUUUCUGUGCUGCUGCAGGAGAAUGUCGAGAUCUUGUCAUCUUCCGACCUUCAGCGACGGCAAGCACGCAUAGAGUGGUCGCCCUUGAGAACCGAGAAAAAGCCAAUUGUGAGGGUGGUGUCGCGGCCUCCAGAGCCGCAUCCAGCUAAGAAGACUGUGACAAAACGAAUGUCCAAGACGGCAACGGAAAAGAAGUCUGCCAAGGAGGCACGGGAUACCUUCUUGGACAAGCUGGAGAAUCGCUGGACGAAGGUAAGGGAAGAUCGGGAGUCGAUUAAGGAACUUCGCCGUUCCAGUAGAAGGGAAGGUCAUUCCUUUUUUUCUUCUUCCUUUGCAUCUGGCCUUACCGCGGGUUUCACAGCGCGAUCUAUGGCGGAAGAAUGUGAUAUUAUUCCUCCAUCACUUGUUGGUUAUCCGUGGCACUCCAUCCGUCUCACAAAUGCAGAUGGGAAAUUGACAGACUAUGCUAUGUUUUUCAUUAAGGAUCACAUCUGUUGCAUAAAUGUCAAAAAUCACACCCUCACAGAGCCUUUGCAUCCCACACUGGGAAGCCAUUUUGCGAGGAGUUUUCCCUUUACUACUGGUUUUGAUUGUGCGUUGAACUCGCCAGUGAAUCCGCGCACAGUGUAUUUCUUCUGUGGUGAGCGGUGGAUUGAAUGGGACGCGUACUGGCAGACCUGCACAGGGGGUCCAUUUAAACUACAAACUCACAGACAGUUUGCGGAGUUGCCGCCGGAAUUUAUGUACAGGAUUGACGCGGCUGUGCCAAUUCCCAACACUUCAUGCGCAUUUUUGUUUUCGCAGCUGAUGUAUAUAGUAUUUGACUUUGAAAAGCGGCAACCGGUUGGUGGUGUGAGACGCAUUGGGGACGAUAAGACAAGUGAAGAGAACCUUGCAACCUUUGGCACAACGCUUGCAAAGCUGUUUCCUUACGGGCCCAUGACGACAUUGCUUUGGAGCACCGAAGAGACACCACCAGCAUGCGACGAACAGGCGGAAGAAUCGAGUACGGAGAGCGCUUCUAAAACAAGAGAAGAUUCGGCUCUAGUAGAGAAAGUGAGGGUGAUGUUGAUUGGACGGGAUGGUCGUUUGGCAACUGUGUGCAGCUUUGCUUCCGCUGAGCCAACAUUGGCACUUGAGGCAUUUCAGACAAUACCUGCAUCCUGUUUCUCACGAAUUCCAUUAGCGCUACAGCAGAUGACCACAGCGGCUCUGCAUGGUGUUUGUAAGUGCGUUCUUGAAGCAGAGUGCAAUCGUUGUGGCGUUGUUUUGGAUACUUCGCACCACGUAAGAGAUCAGGUAAAGACAAUUACCAGUACACUUACUCAGAAAGGAGAUGAAUUGGAAAACCUAUUCAGCCUUACCCGACGGGAUAUUAAGUGUACUGCAUCAUCGCUACUAUGUGAAGAGGUUAUUUUCGUUCAAACCGAAGAGAGUAUGCUUGAUGGCCCACCGCAGGUGAUAGAUGUGGAUUAUGGUUCUACAAAUCCUGUUGACUUUGGUGUUCUUGUGGUUGUGCUGGAUACUGCACGCUUGGACCCUCGAGUGCUUCGUAUUGCGCCAAUUAUGGCUGUGGUUGAGAGUAGUGUUGACGGUAUUGUAUACAUUGCACACACACGUUUUGUUCUUCUACCUUAUGUUACUGCCACGUGUUGGGGUGAUGCACCUGCUGCUCGUUUUUGGCGGAUUCGUUUUUUGACAAGAUUACCUGUAAACACGGGCGUGGUACGACUCCUAUGGUACAAAGUUUUUUGUGCGCUUGGGACUAUUCCGUUAGAUCCCUGCAUCCCGCAUGCUCCGCAUGAGUCUACCAAUGUCAAUAUCACAGCACCCCACAUUCUCUGUAAGCCCACGCAACUCCUGCUAUCUCUCACCCCUGGGGUUGUUUUUGCCUCCUCUACCAGUCAUGGCUGGUUGAAUAAGCACUGCAUUUUGCCGCUUCUUCCAGAUGGGAAAUUUUGCCUUUUUUUUUGCGGUAAAAAUUUCCUUGAAUUCGAUAUUGAACAUAAUAUUGUGAUUUCGCAUCGCUCUAUUCCUCUUGCGGGACACCCCGGGUUUGCAAAUUUACCAUACCCCUUUUCAAACGGGUUUGAUGCCGUAUUUUACCCCAAUCCACAAAAUCCGAAUGUUGUGGCACUCCUUCAUGGGAAAGAUAUUAUACUGUGGAACUUGCAGUUCGGCGCUGUAGAAAAAAACGACAGUAAAAACAGUCCCAAUGCGUUCUUUAAGGGAUUACCGUGGAGUCUGGACCAGAUUGAGGAUAUUGUUCAAAUAUGGGAUUGUCCUGGCGAAUUCUUCCUUCUACAAACUUCACAGGUGCUGCGCUGGAGCAUUAUCACUUUGGAGGUCGUGGAGGGUCCGAUGGUUCUUCGUAACUGCCCCUAUUUUUAUCACGCUGAAUUUGAUGACAAACCGUUGCUCUGCGCUGUAUCAUUCCCAAAAGAUCCAAAACGCUUCCAUGUCUUUUGCGAGGACCGCGUGGCUGUUCAUACUGUGAUUGAUGACACGGUGACGAACACUGUUGGUCCGGUGUCGGUACGUCAAUGUGAUUUGUUUAGCACCAUUACAUGGUAUUUGAAUUGGGGGAGGCGGCGGUAUGAUUCUGUGAUUUGUAUUGAUUUCAAGGAAGGACCACCUCUGCUGACUGGAGUUGCAAUGCACAGUUCAGAACCCUGUGAGGAGGAUUGGCUCAUUGAAUAUAGUGAUGAUGGGGUGGAGUGGAACACUGUUGGUCAUCAUCUGCAAUCCUCUGCACUCAGUCGUACAAGGUGGGGACUUGCGAGCGUGGCUUGUGUCUCUCAUCGACUCUGGCGUUUAACAACGGAGGCGCGUCAAGGUCGUGAUGUGGAACGUCCUCCAGUACUCUAUAUGGCUAUGGACUUAUUUACGUUACCAUGUUCACCAUAUUUGCAGUCGGCGCGUAAAAUUGCCUUCUCUGGUACGUUGAAUAAACCCAUCUCCACCUUAUUUGUGGAGGCGAAAACAACCGUGACAUUUGAGUCUGCAACAGAAUCUAGAGGGGAGUGUAAACCGGGAAUACAUCAUAUGACGUUGGGUUACGAAAAGUUGAAUUCGCCUAAUUUGAUGGCGUUUGCCUGCCGAUCUGUGGGUGCUCCGGUGACUGUCAUCUGGAGUGUCUGGUGCAGUGACGAUGGUGACCACUGGGAGAAGUGUGGGAAGUGGCGCAGUCGUUUUCGUCACUUUAAAGCCUUAUGGAAACCUCGAGGACCUCGACAGUACUGGCGCAUUGAACUGCAAACGUGGGAGCCUAACGUGUUGUUCGAGGACCUUUGCCUUCUUGAGUACCUUGGUCCCUCGCUUGCUCUGGAAAAUUCAACAUUGUUUGGAGAUGGGUGGGAUGCAUCGCUGUUGUGGGAAAAAAACUGCGUUGGAUGCAAAGUUUCGCCCAUGAUCUUUUCGGCGAAUGUAGGAACGGCAGUGGUGUUUGACAGCAAGCAAGCUCCUCUCCACGUCGUUGGCGUGCGUCUGGUUAGUCACGGAACACAAAAUACAUCUACUAACUUUGUCAUUGAGUGCAGUUCCAACACCAUGGAAUGGCGAACGAUCAAUGUGUCAUUGCUACUACGCAAUGGCUCAGCACAGGCUGCGUGGGACAAUGGCGGUUAUUAUCGCUUCUGGCGUCUUCGUAUUGUGCAACACACAGGGCCACCCUUACUGAUGCUGCGCGAUAUUUGCUUUGAGAUUUCCAAGUCGGCGCUGUAUCGUGUUGUGGAGUCGAAUAAUGUGGAUGGAGGAUACAAUGGUUGUGAACUAAGUCUUGGGACGAAACUUAAAGAAGUGGUUGCUCUUCAAACAGUGUUGCCGCCCAAUUCCAGGUACGUCGUGGAGAAGCUCUCGCUUGACGGUGCCAUUUGGGAAGAAGUAGCGAGCAUCCAAAACGUUGACACGGCACGUUCACAUACGGUACGUCAGAGAUGGAUGCCAAGGGGAUGCUCUUCCAAUUGGCGUUUGCGUCCUGCACUGGAGGAGGGCGAAGGAGAUGUUACGACACUUUCGUAUUCUCUUCCCACGAACAUGUGUGUCCAGUGGUAUAGCUUUGGUGGAACAACACUCGUUUCCGCCCAAAUUGGUGAUGUCCCAUCAGUGGAGGUGGUCACAACCGGAUUUGUUGAGGUGCAGGCCGCCAAACGUCUGACAGAAAAUGAGACCGAUAGUGUGGUGCUACGCUCCAGAGAGGAGGAAGAGGAGGAAAUGGUCACAGUUACAUGGGUGUUUAGCAACGGCACAACGCCACGUUUUUGUCAGGUUUUCUUGGGGGGACGGACGGUUUUCAAAUCCGUCACCUCAAAUUCAGCAUCGCCUUCGCCACAACUUAAGCCAACUACGGUGUCUUCUAUUUUAUUACCCAUGAAGAUGUCAAAACGUUUUGGAGCAAAUGGGAUCCGUAAUGGCGGUACGGAUGCGGCGGAUGCUGGGGACGCCAUUGUUGCAGCAGGAGAAGAAGUAGAAGAAGGCGGUGCAACAGUAGUUGUGGAGACAAGUGAAAAUGGCGUGGACUACGUCCCCAUUGCAAAGCGACUUUUUUCCCAAGUUGGCAAUUCACUUUCGUGGGCGAUGAAUGUCAGCGCCACCUACUGGCGGAUUCGAUUUAAGGGGAUCCGAGAGACUGAGGUUCUAGAGUUGUGGCAGGUUACAUGGUAUAUUGAGACUGGCGUCAAUGCCGUGUGGGCUCAAUCAAAACCGUGCAUGCUUAGUUCCUCAAUGUAUACUACAUGGCAGGAGGCCGCUUUUAACAAUGAAGAUGAGUUUUGUCGAAUAUGUCGCGAAGGUUUUGAUCAGGCAAGAAGUGUUGCAAGUGGACUUCGUAAGGCAGGUGAUAUUGACCGUCAUGGUAUUGUGGCAAAGAGUGUCGUUCAGCUCAGAGGCGAGUUUACAAAAUUUGUGGCCAAAGUUUCAAAGGAUGCGGUAAAAGACAAGAACCCACCACAAGACAAAUUUAUUUGUAUUGGUCAACCAUUGAGCAAUGACAUCAUGUAUCUGCUUUACAAGGCUGCAAAAAAAUACGAUUGCAAUGUGGAUGAACUGAAUCAGUUGGUGUCGCAUCCAUUGCUAUUGGCGCGUGAUAUGGUGCGAUCAAAUGAAAAUAUGUCGUGGUUUUAUCCAAUGUUCCUUCAAGAGGGUACUUUGGUGGAAAGCUUCUACGGAUUUCACCGCUUACGCGCCUCCCUUGGAGUCUUAUGGAGUCUGUCCCUACAGGUGCAGAGAAACCUAGACCUUUUGUUGAAGUCUUUUUUGAAUCCCUUAAGUCCACAUCUGGCAUCUGUUAUUAUUACAGUACAUAUUGAGCGAAGCGACUGGAUUGCGGCGGAGCAUUUUCCACAACUUCCACUUCUUUACGACGCCGGAUUUACAGGACGUCAUAUGGUGAUGGUAUUUACUCUUAACCAGGUGGUCUUCAAUUCCCGAUAUAACUUAACAAUACCCGGGGCAGAUCCAUUUCCCGCAAUAUUUCCGUUUAAAAUCCUACCCGGUGUGAACUUUAUUCAACGCAUUCCUAUUGCUGUAUGUCCAUCUCCUCUGUUUGACUGCCUUCAAAUGAUUUAUUCGGAAGAAUUUCUUUCGAAAUAUGAAACGGAGUUGGUGUUUACGUCACCCUCAAUGCAGAGCAAUACAGGCCUCGUGCGGUUUACAUUACCGGGGGAGGGUAUUAACCUUGGCAUACCGGGUCUGACGAUUGGAAGUUUUGAAUUUGAAGUUCAGCUCGUAGCGGAAAGUCACCUCGACGAUGAACGAGCGGCCUUGAUAACAAUUGGACAACGAGAAACUGAGAAGGACCGGUCCCAGAUGGUGACCUUUGUGACUCACGACACUGUAUUUAAAGGGGCGAAUGUGGAUCCACCCAUACAACUAAGUCUUGUAGGGUGUUUUGAACCAAUGGAGGAACAAAUUUCGAUUUGUGGGACGUCCCCAAGCGCCCAUUUGCCUCUUACUUGCCGUUUUUCGGAUGCCUUUCUCACCAACCUGAAGGUUUCGUUUGAUCUCAUGACUGGAGAAGCUUCACAGUCGUUUGUGGAGCCUUACUUCACCUUAGCGGGAACCCUAACCAUCCCCACGUGUGGUAGUUAUGAUUGUUGCCUUCUACAGGUACGCCUAGAUCGUAGAUAUGAGACUCUUGUACUGCAGGUGGUAGAUCUGCAUCUGUCAAAAUUAAUUCAACUUGGAGGUUACAUGGUUAACACUUUACCGCAAAUAAAGAAGAACGAAUGGUUGCAUGCGGUUCCUAUUGUGUGUUCAUUGAGCCUCAGUAUGCGUUGUUCCGAAGUAAAGGCAUUUGGAACUGGGACGAUUGAGUUUGUGGGCUUUAGGGGAGAUGCGUACGCAACUAUUUUACCGGGGUGUAUUGGGAUUACGGCAACGCUUCCCAGCCUACGUAUUGGUAGUAUUCUUUUAGAAGGGAAAUCUGACAAGGAAUGCAUCGUGUUGCACAUCGCCAUGCCUGCUAGCGGUGCUUCUGUUAUCCGGUUAGAUGGAUAUAGUGCCCUCCUUGCACCCCAUCUCUCCCCUAUAAAAGUUGAGAUGUCACAAGCUGGUGUCAUGUGUGUCUCCACCGGCGUCUUUUACGACUUGUGCAUUGAGGAGGAGUCACUUUUUCCAUCUGGGGCAUACGCACAGGUGACAAUCUCUCAUAGCGUACUCACCAAAUGCCUUAGUGAACUGCUGCAAGAGACACCUAUGAUUGCUGCCGUCUUAGCCAAGGGCAUUCCCUUCUCAUUGGAGGUGGGGGAGGUGGUUGGAGCGGAGUGUUUGUUGGAGCAAAAACUUUUAUUUCUGACGGUGCGUGGGGUACUGUUUGGAUGCCGCUUUGAUGUGACAAUAUCUGUGGUGUCGCCGGACAACUCACUGGAAGAGGCACGUCGCAUUUGCCAACUUCUUCUUCCCUGUAUCGUGGAACAGUGUGAUGAGUCUCUCUGGGCAGCGUAUGAGAUGUUGGCUGGCUACUUGUCGCCGCUGGAAUUAAACAAAGAGACGAAUGUAGCUUCCGAAGCAAAAGAUGAGGGGGGGAAAGUGGAUGAGGAAGACAGCAAGAGUGAAGUUGAGGAAGCCUCGUUGGUCUCGGGUGUGCGUCCUGCGCCAGCAAGGUAUUCGCUAACAGCGGCAAACGGACAGUUUAUUAAACACUGGAUGAAGUGCGAGUGCGAGGCGUUGGAUAGGGCUAUUCAGGCCGACUUUGAGAUGGGGCUUUACAAGGAUUCCGAAGUGUGUUUGGAUGAAUCUCCUAAGGGAGUAUAA